AUGAGAGGCACAACAAGAAAUCAACCACGAAUACCAAUAAAUCAACAAAAUUCUCAAGAAAAUCAACAUGAACGAAAGUAUCGACCUCCCAUAAGACGAAAAUAUGAAAAUGACCACAAUGAUAUUCAACCUCAACGCGCUCAACGUGUUGAUUAUAAUCGUUUAAAACGUGAACGUGCUCAGGAAGUUAAUAAUCAAAAACAAAAUAAUAAUUCAAACAAUGCAGAAUUACUCAAAUAUGCACAUUCAUUCCAUUAUCAAUCAGAAAAUAAUAAUGAUAUCGAUGAACCGGCACAUGCAAAAAAACUUGUAAUUGUUAACAAUAAAGCUGAUCGAAUUGGUAGUGGCAGAUUCAGUCAACAACAACGAACUCAAGAACGUGGGCAACAUAAACGAGAAGAACGAAUGCGUCGAUGUACGAUACCAAAUAAUGGGCAUACAGGAGGAGCUAAUGAAUUCCAUCUUGAUGUACCACCAAUGCCGAUUUGGCAAAAUGGUCCAAUGUCUGUACAGCUUUUACCAACCAAUAUAAAUGGUCAUCAUACAGGAAUGGAUCAUCUUGUUAAUACGAGUGAAGAUCAAAUAGAUCAAUCUGCUUAUAUUCAUAAUUUUGCUUAUCCAUCUCCAGCUCAAGUAUCAUCAGUCAAUAGUAAUGGUACUAUUUAUUUCGCUCAUUCAACUCCAUCUAUGACAACAGGUUCUACUUCAUCUCAAACAACAACACAUUUUCAUCAAUAUCAUUCAGCUCGUACAUUUGAAAACUCUAAUCAACAUCAAUUUCAUUUACCUUCAUUUCAAUCAUCACCUAUUUUUCAAUCUCCACUUCUUCAACCAUCAGUGCCUGUAUCAUCAACAUCGAAUAAUUAUCAAGAACAAGAAAAUUUAUCAACAGAUUUUUCAUCAAAUAUUCGUCGUAUAAAACCUCACGAUCAUGAAAAUAAAUUAUUUCAACAAAGGCCAAUGUCAGGUGAUUUUGAACGUUUACAAAAUACUCAUCACGUGUCAUCUUCACGUUUUAAUAAUGAUCAUCGUUUUCAAUCACGACCACAAUCAUUUUAUGAUUUUUCAUCACAUCAACAAUCAAACAAUAAUAACAAUAAUAAUAAUAAUAAUUUUUUUCGUUCAUCAAACAAUAAUCGUUAUCAACGAAAUAAUAAUAUAAAUAAUAAUAAUACUAGUCUUCCGCUUUCUGCUUAUAUGACGACAGAUGAUUCAUUAAAUGAAAAUGAUAAUAUAAAACAUACUACUGCUACUAAUAAUAAUAAUCAUUGGGGAGCAUCAUAUCAAAAACGACGAUCAACCCAACAACGUGCAUACCAUCAAGAUAAACAUCAAUUUCCAUUAUCAUUAUAUGAUCCUCGUCAAUAUGGUUUUAAUAAUAAUAAUAAUAAUAAUAAUAAUAAUAAUUAUCAACGACGAAAUGAUUUAAAUAAUCGACCAAACAUAAACCGACGUAAUAUAAACAAUAAUCGUAAUAAUAACAAUGAAAUCAAUGGCUCUAGUGGUAUUGAUAUUAUUGAAGAAUGGUGGGAAGAUAAUAAUACUGAAUUAAUAGGAACAAAACAAUCAACAUUGGACACUGAUGCUAAAAGAACAAUUGUUGAUGAUAGUGGAAAUAGUUCAUUAUCUACAAGUAUGAAUUUAAAAGAAUCAACAUUAGAUGAUAUGUCAAUUAAUGAUUUUGUUAAUCCACCAUCUAAUGUGUCAACUACUGAUAGUAAUAUUAUCGAAUCAAUUGAUAAACUUCAACAACAACUUAAAUUAGAAGAAGCUGUUGAUGAACGAUUAGCAUCUACAAAUAAUAAUUUUGUUGAGUCAAUUGACAAUAAAUCAAAUAAAGAAGAAAUUCAGCAACAUGAUUUCGUAACAACGGAUGAUGAUGAUAAUGAUAAUGAUAAUGAUAAUGAUCAUCCAUCGACAACAAAUAGCGAAGAAAAACUCGAUGCACUUGAGGAUGAUCUUAAUGAAAAAUUAACAAUCGAUGAAAAUCUAUCAAAAGUUAAUCAAUCAGUUGUUGUUGAAUGA